AUGGCUGGAAUGCUUAACUCCGCCGCCCCCACACGCAUCGGCAUCGGCAUCGGCAUCUUGCGCUCAGGCUGCUGUAAAGAACUUGUAAACCUUCUCGCGACCCGGAACGAUCGGCCCAUCGAUGGAGGGACGGCAAUGAGCGGGCCAAGACAGACAGACAGACAUCGCGCGGAUCUAAUGCCACCCAACCUGGCUCCACCUGGCUCUGCCUGGCUCCACUGGUCGAGCCGUGAGGCGACUCGGGCGAGCCCGAAACAGUCAACGACUCAACGCCCACUCGGCCCCACAAUGACCUGCGACGCGUCGAGCGUGAUCCAUGUCGCGAAACGCACUAUCAGACUCGAGAGCCUCGAAUGCGUAGCGAUCGGCGCGUCGGCCGUCGCAGUGCGGGUCAUGAGUGUCGAUUUAUCUCCCGAUUUUGCUUCCGAGACAGAGGAUGCCAGGCCGAUGAUGUCCGUGCGCGCGCGCGCGGGUGUGCUCGGGGCGCCGCUCGUCGACACUCGAGGCGCUGAUACCGUGGAAGCUCGCCCGGGGGAUCCCGCGGUGGCGAUGGCGGCUCAAAAUCCACAGCGUCCGAUAAGAAACAGCGCGAACGAAAAAGAGGAAACCACCAUGCAGACGAGCAAAGACGAUCUUCCUUGGUAUUCUCACAGCGAAAGCGCCGCGCUUUCAGAUCUCCUCCUCGACAAACGGAAGACCUCCCAGGACCGCGCUUGGCACGCCUCGGUACCUGAGAUCACACUAGAUCACAUCGCCCGACGCUGA